AUGCCGAAAGAAGAUCUCAGCUGCAAGAUCAGCUCGGUUUACAAGCAUAAGGAGCGUAAGCCAAAGAAGCCCCAUUACAUCCCCCGGCCAUGGGGCAAGCCUUACAACUACAAGUGUUUCCAGUGCCCCUUCACCUGCAUGGAGAAAUCCCACCUCUAUAACCACAUGAAGUACAGUCUGUGCAAGAAUUCACUCUCCCUGCUCAUCGAGUCUGACUGGCCCUACAAAAAGGGAAAUAUCCUGCAGCCUGACCAACUCUGCCCACUCCCUCCUGGGACCCUCCUGAGGGGGAGAGGUGAGGCAGAACUCACCCAUGGCAACAACGCACCAGCCAGGGAAGCCCUGCAGGACGACCACCUCAGGGGAGAGAGGGAGGAUCCAGACAAGGGGGAGGAGUAUAAAGAAGGGGGGGCUCCAACUUCCAAAGAGGACCAGGAGGAACCUCACAGUAGCAGCAGCAGCAACAAAGACGGCAAGCAAGCAGAGGCAGAUUUUGUGAUCACGGAUGUCUUCUCCUUGGAGGAUCAGCACAUCAAUGCCAGGGAAAUGGAGGCCAAACUGAAGCACUACAAGCUUUCCAAGAACUGUCAAAGGGACCCCAGCCUACUUUCAGAGCAGUGGCGUCUACUGGCUACCAGACACAGGAAGAGUAACCCUGAGGGUUCACUACCAUGUCCUGACGGGGGAUCCAUACCUUGCUAUCCUCCACCCCCAACGUUUGCAGACUGCCAGGACCCUUCCAGACUUAAUCUGUCAGUCCUGGGGGUCAGCUACCCUCUGAGCCCAGGCUUGUUCUCCUACAGCAACCCUACAGUAGCUCAUGCCCAACUUGCCCCGCUGCCCUUCUUGGCAUCGGCUGCCCAGCUCAUGCAAACUCCCUCCACCGCACUCCAGCAAGCAGAUCGGACCAUCCUGCCACCCCGCUUCUACUACCCGCUCCUCUGUGAACAUGCUUUUAGUUCUGCUCAGGACCCUGGAAAGGGAGCUAAACCAGGCCAAUCCUCCCCAGCCAAUAUGGAACCCAACCCGCCCCCUACCUUCCCAUCCAAAAUCAGACUCUGGAAAGUGCCAACACUGCGUCCCACCACUGCCACUGCCAUCCCACACCCAGCAGUGUGGUCUGCCCACCAUCAGGUGGCAUUAUCCUCAGAGGCUGGCUACAGUACAGUAGAGGAGAAGCUCCAAGCACCUGGCAAAGCGGGAAGCUGGAGCCACAAGGCUGUGGUGGAAGUGACAUCACUGAGAAAGACAGGAAGCAAGCGCAUUGGGGUGCCCCUAGAGAGUGAGGAAACCCCUCUAGAGAAGAAGUCUCACUUGGGGUGCACACUGGACCUCUUGAAGAACCUCCAGGGCAACCCAACAUUUUCCACUGCUGCAGGCCAACUCUUCCACAGCAGUUUUCAAACAGCUCUCCACAAGUCCUUGCCUCCAGAACAGUUGUACCCAGAACACAGAAAGUACCAGGCCGAGAACCAGGAGAAAGCAACUCUCCAUCCCAGACCUCUCUCCCCCUUGAAGUCUGGCAAGGCAGUGGAGAACGGAGCAGGUAGGCGGGAUAAACUGGACAAGUCAGCGGUCCUGCUGGGGGAUCUCUCGAAAGCACUGCAGGAGUACCAGGAGGCAGAGAGAAAGAUUGCUAAUCUGGUACAAGAUAAUGUCCCAGGACAACGCUACCUGAUAGAGCAUCUCUGCAAGAUCCGCAGUGAGUUGUCACACAUCCACCAGGCACUUGAGAAGACAACCAGGCAGCCAGAAGGACCCCUGGAUCUCUCUGUCAAGAAGACUGUGGAACCACCGGGGGCUGACAAAGAUCAACAGUCUCAGGGCAAAGGAUGUCUCCCAGAGGAAACAGAGGAGGAGGAAGAAGAGAAAGCAGUAGAGAGCGAGUCAGAGGGUCUGCCGCAGAAGUCUCCGAGUCAGUCUCUUAAACUGAUGAUCAAAAUGAGCCGUGCGUCUGAGCUGAGCCUGGGAGCUGUGGUGAAGACAGAGGUGGUCUCGCCCAGUGAGCUACGACCACCCCCUCCUGAGGUCCUGUGGUCCAGCCGGACUACGAAAUGCGAGGCAGACUCCAGCGUGCUGCUGUGUGCUGAUGGUCGCUCCACCUCCCUGGUCUUCACAGAGUUCACCCCCUGCUCCAAGAGAAUGAAGCGACCCUCUUCCAGAGAUCUUUCAGGGGAGACUCUUUGCCCACACAACCCCCUUAGUGCUGACCCCUAG